AUGAGUGCCGUCCGGGCGACCUCUUUCUUCUCCUCUUCAACCAUCGCCAAAGCCACUACGCGCAUCCAACUUCCCUUCUACAAACCUCUUCCCCCCCCCGCUCCCCAUUUACGCGGCUCUGCUUCAUCAGGCCCUGGCUGUCGCUUCAUCUCCGUCGCGAGACAGGAUCUUUGCUUCAUCUCCCUGAAUCCUUUCUUUCUUCAUUACAGCCAAGUCAACACAACAAUCAUGUCGCGCGGUGGCACCACUUUGUACGUGACUGGCUUCAGCCACGGAACUCGCGCCCGAGACCUCGCCUACGAAUUCGAACGCUAUGGACACCUUGUUCGCUGCGACAUCCCUGCCCCUCGUUCGGCCUCAAGCAGACUCUUCGCCUUCGUCGAGUAUGAGGACCGUCGGGAUGCUGAUGAUGCUUACCAUGAGAUGCACAACAAGCGCAUCGGCCGUGACGACAUUCUGAAGAUUGAGUGGGCUCGCACACCUCCUAGUGCAUCGUGGCGAUUCGACUCUGGCCGGGACCGUGAGCGCGCUCCUCGCCGCUCUUCUCCUCGUCGCGGCCGCUCUCCUUCUCCUCGCCGCAGCACUCGCGACUACUCUCCCAGGAAGGAUGAACGCCGUGACCGCGACCGCGACUACGAACGCGGCGACCGACGUGACACCCGCGAGCGCUCCCGCAGCCCUGACCGACGCGACCGGGACCCAAAGGACGAUCGUGACGACCGGGACCACCGUGAAAACGGUACUAACGGUGACGACAGAAAGGCCCUGGACAGCCCUCCCCCUGCCCACGACGACCUGGAUAUCGCUGCGGAGUGAUAAGUAUACUUGGCAAUUUCUCUUGUCGGGUUGUGCGCGGCUAUGCCAAAAGUUUUCUGAUUUCUCUCCCGGUUCCACUAUUUGAACCUGGAUCUGUAAAGUGUCCUCACCUUCUGGGAGCUUUUUAGGCUCGAUGCGACCGAUUCGGCUUCUCCGAGCUCAGCGCGCAAGGCCUGAGCCGUUCGACAUAUGCAGCACUCGAGUCGUCAAAGCACAUCGGAAACUCGAUAAUCCGCGGGACACCCCCAUUCGGCGACGAGCUUGAGACGACGCACGGUUUUGGCAGGCGGCCUUUUGAUAGCAUUACCCCCCAUAGUAGUUUAGAAAUUGAAUGUAGGUCUUCGC